CGCACGCUCCGGCCAAGAGCCGCAACUCCUCAAACCUCACACGCGCGCGGCCGCUCGAACCGCAACAAAACCGUCCAUUCCCACAUCACCGCGCGCACCACCGAUGGAGAACGCCACUGCCGCGCCAGAAACGGAAGAAGCCUUCCCCAUGGAAACGCCACUGGCGACGACGCAGUCGGCGCGCUGGCGCCCCAACCCCGUGUUGGAGCGCAAGCUCUGCGCUCUUGAAGAGUGCUUCGACGAGGCGGUCACGUCCCGGCCGCGGCGCUACGGCGGACGCUUUCCGGAGGUCAAGGCCAGGAUCGACUUCCUACGCACGCUCAUCGCCGCCGAGCGGGACUGCCACGGCGGCGCCAGGAGGCCGGGGCACCUCGUCCAAGUCGAGGAGCGCUUCGGCGUCCUCGAGAGGAAGUUCGAGCAGUGGGCGCAGAGUGGCGUCGCCGCGCCAACCGAGGAAGAAGAGCCUCAUCAGGCGGCGUCCGAGUCCGGGUCUGAGUCGUCCGCCGGCUGCUCAUGCAACGACUCCUGCUCCGGCUUCGAGUUCACGGGCCCGGAGGUGGCGUCCGACCCCAAGUGCAACCCCGAGAGCGGCGACGCGGCGGAAGUACCAAAGGAGGCGGCCGCGGCGACAGAGGUGGCGCCCACGACUGGUACUACCGCUCGGCGGCGCUGGUGGAGGCGGCGCGCCGCUCUCUGCGGCGCUGCUGGCGUGGUGGCGGUGAUCGCGCUCGCGGCCGGGUUGACGUUAGAGUUUGCCGCGGUGGCGGGGCCAUCAGCCAACCUUGUUCCGACGUAGAGGACAUGAUAUCGAUAUGUGUUUGUUUAUCCUUGUUCUUCCCAUGUUGUGUCAGUGUUGUGAAGUUGAAGUUAAGUUGUCGUCUGUUUAUUUUUAUCACGAGCAAGUAUCAAUCCCCUUGCUUUAUUCAGUGUAUAAUUGUAAGUUUCUGAAUAAAUACUUGGUUUCAAAGUCUCUAUGGAACCAUCAAGUUAACCUGCUUUAAUGAAAUCUGUUGUUUUUA